UUUAAGCAGAUGCAAAAGGAAUAAAGCAAAUGGGGAGAAAAAAAGGCCGAUAAAGUUUUUGGCUACAAUACAAGAGACAUAUCAUUACCAUAUGAUCUAAUGUGGGUGUCAGCCGGAUUGUGUUCAUUGAGGGAAACCUUAUUUUUUAACUGUGCUAUGGAGUAGAAGCAGGAGGUUUUCAACCUAGUGACAGUCACAGAGCAGCACCUACCCCUCCUCUUUCCACACCUGCAAACUCUUUUGCUUGGGCUGAAUUUAGUGUAAUUACAUCUCAGCUUUGAGGGUUCCUGUGGCAAAUCCCCGGAUUAAAAGGUUCCCUGGUUGUAAUACUACAUGAGAUAAAACAUGAAGGCAACUAUCAUCUUCCUCCUGCUUGCACAAGUUUCCUGGGCUGGACCUUUUCAACAGAGAGGCUUAUUUGACUUUAUGCUAGAAGAUGAGGCUUCUGGCACAGGCCCGGAAGAUAGCUCAGACACAGAAGAUGGCAUUCAUGACCUAGAGCCUCUGGGACCUAUGUGUCCCUUCCGCUGUCAGUGCCACCUCCGUGUGGUCCAGUGUUCUGAUUUGGGUCUCGACAAAGUGCCAAAAGAUCUCCCCCCUGAUACCAUGCUGCUGGACCUGCAGAACAAUCAAAUAACUGAAAUCAAGGAUGAUGACUUUAAGAACCUGAAGAACCUUCAUUCAUUGAUUCUUGUCAACAACAAAAUUAGCAAGAUCAGUCCUGGAGCAUUUGCACCAUUGGUGAAAUUGGAAAGACUUUAUCUGUCCAAGAAUCAGCUGAAGGAACUGCCAGAAAAAAUGCCCAAAACUCUUCAGGAGCUGCGUGCCCAUGAGAACGAGAUCACCAAAGUGCGAAAAGCUGUGUUCAGUGGAAUGAAUCAGAUGAUUGUCAUAGAACUGGGAACCAACCCUCUUAAGAGCUCUGGAAUUGAAAACGGAGCCUUCCAGGGAAUGAAGAAGCUCUCCUACAUUCGCAUCGCUGACACCAAUAUAAACACUGUCCCUCAAGGUCUUCCUUCUUCCCUCACUGAAUUACAUCUUGAUGGCAACAAAAUUACCAAAAUUGAUGCAGCCAGCCUGAAGGGACUGAACAACCUGGCUAAGUUGGGACUGAGUUUCAACAUUAUCUCUGCUGUGGACAAUGGCUCUUUGGCCAACACUCCUCACCUGCGGGAACUUCACUUGGACCACAAUAAGCUGAUCAAAAUCCCUGGUGGGCUGGCAGAACAUAAGUACAUACAGGUUGUCUACCUUCAUAACAACAACAUCUCCGCAAUUGGCCCUAAUGACUUCUGUCCACCUGGAUACAACACCAAAAAGGCCUCUUAUUCGGGCGUGAGCCUUUUUAGCAACCCAGUGCGGUACUGGGAAGUCCAACCAUCCACUUUCCGAUGUGUCUAUGUGCGCUCUGCCAUUCAGAUCGGAAACUAUAAGUAACUCCCAAGAAAGCCGUCACUUUCAUAACCUGGCAAAUCCCACUAAUGUUAUUACUCGGGAAAAAAAAAAAAGAUACUGGAAACCCAACUGCAAUGUGGAUGAUUUUCCCACAUGACUUAUGCAUAAAGCCAAAUAUGCAGUUUAAAUAAUUGCCUACAAUAAAAAAAAUAUUUUGCCUGCCAUUUUCAGAAUUCUUUUUUAAAACUUUCUGUUGAUGUUAACUGAACUACUACAGAUAUUCUUAUUUCACAAAAUGUAAAAUUUGGAGUAAAUAUGUAUGUAAACAACUUAGUAAAGCUUUUUCUUUCAAUUU